UAGAGAGCGGAGCGUCAUGAUGCCGGACAGGAGCAGAGUGAUGGUGGUGGCUGAUAUUAUCUUCAGCAGGAAACUCUCAUCUGAGGAGGAGAGAAUCCAUUGCUGCUGCUCCAGAGUCUUCGUAAAUGACCGGGAGCUGUAUCGCUCUGAUAAUAGACUGCUCUCAUUUGACCUGACAGAAACUGCAGUCCAAGAAGUAGAUGAUGAAGAAGAGGAGGCUGAGGAGGAGGUGGUGCUGGAUGAAGAGGCUCAGCUGAUGGAAAGCAUGGGUCUGCCUCUGGCCUUUGUCAGCUCCUCUAAACAGCGGAGAGAGAGGAGGAGGUCUAACAGGAAGUCUGCUACAUACUCGACACAAGCAGCUAAAGAGGAGGAAGAUCUACAGGUUAUUAACAAAGUCAGUGACAAAGAAGUGUCUGAUUCUUUGGAGGACGGAAUGAAGACUGGGAUAGUGGAUGGAGGGACAGAGACACAGAUCAGUGAUGAUGCUGGCUGGGAAACAUACUGGGCUCAACAGGGUGAAACUCUGUUGUGGAGUAGCUGGCUGGAGAAACAUCCACAGACAGUGACUGCUCCGUGGGAUGACCCUGACUCAAAGGCUACUUGGGAACAACAUGCUGCGGAGAUCUACUAUUACUACUGGGAGCAGUACUCAUAUUGGGCAGCACAGGGUUGGACCAGUGAGCAGUCCUUCUGUAAUGGGAACACUGGUGGAGAAGCAACAGCAGGGGGGAUGGCUGAGGAGUUGAGGGAUGGAGAGUCUGGAGAUGAGAGCCAAGAGAGAGAAGAAAUGAAGGCUCUCUGUGAUGAUGUGGAGGUUUUGAGGGAUCUGUUAGAACAGAAGUGCAUGUUAGUGGCAGGUGGAAGCACUGUGACUGACUCAAGAACAGACAGACAGUGUGCAAGUGUGGCUGGUACCAGAGAGCAGCCAGAGGGACAGGUCUGUGGUGCUGGUGAUACUUCUGAUGGUGGGAAGGGCUGCAAGAGACCUGCUGCCACCUCACAGCACAACACAGCAGAACAUACAGGUAUUGAUUCCCAGCAGGCUGCGGGACAGUUUGGCUCAAGGAAUAAAAUGUCAAAUAGAGAAGAUGAUGACGAAGAUGACAAACCCCCUUUAGGAGGACAUGCUAAAGUUAAACGCAGUCAUGAGCUGGAUGUGGAGGAAAACCCACAUCUGACAUCGGAGGAAGACUGGAGUAAACUGGGACUCAAACGUAACUCAGAGCCUCUGUUCGACAGCUUGUUCAGCUUUAAAGGCAGUUCAGGUCAGAAGCGUCAGAGGCAGCAGUGGACUAAGAGAGCAGUCAGCAGCAUCAACAAACACACCAGGUUCAGAGAGACGGGUGGAGACAACAGAGAGCCACAGAGCAGUAACACCCUCAACAAGGUCCAAAGCUUCCUAGAAAAGGUCCAGAGAGAGAGACAGAUGACUCCAUGCAACCAGGAGAUGGGUGGAGGAAACACACAGUACCCUGAGGACAAGCCACUGUCUCUGGGAGAUGUGACGGGACAAGAGGAGGAGAGGAACGGGAAGAACACUGUGGAUGCUCAUAAAGAAGCUGUGAAAUUGGAGAGUCCUCAUUGUCCAUCACGUUUUGAUGCAGAAAAGAAGUGUUUUCAGCCCGAUAGUGAGAGAGAGGAGGAAGAGCAGGUGGAGCAGCCUGGUAGACAGUUACCAUCUCUGGAAAUCCCUGAGUUUCUCCUGCCUGAUGCAUCUGAAGACAACAGUGAUGGAAAGAAGCCAAAGAAGAAGGGUAAACGAGGAAGGAAGCAGCAGGUACCAGCAGAGAUGGCAGCAGAACCGGAUCUGGCUAAAUACUGGGCUCAACGCUACAGACUCUUCUCUCGUUUUGAUGAAGGGAUCAGGCUGGACCGAGAGGGCUGGUUCUCUGUGACACCGGAGAAAAUCGCAGAGCACAUCGCCCUCAGAGUGGACCACAGCUUUUCUGACUCUCAGCUGGUCAUAGAUGCAUUCUGUGGAGUUGGAGGAAACUCCAUCCAGUUUGCACUAACUGGAAAGAGAGUUCUGGCUGUUGAUAUUGACCCCAUUCGGUUGGACUUGGCGCGUCACAAUGCUGUGGUUUACGGCGUUGCCGAUCGAAUCGACUUUCUACAAGGGGACUUCCUUCAGCUGGCGCCCCAUCUCCGUGGUGAUGUGGUCUUCCUGUCACCUCCUUGGGGAGGACCAGACUACCUGACUGCUGAGGUGUUUGACAUCAAGACCAUGAUGGAGCCUGAUGGGUUUCAGAUUUUCCAUCUGGCCAAACAGAUAUCAGACAACAUUGUGUACUUCCUGCCUCGCAAUGCUGACAUGGAUCAGAUAGCUUCUCUGGCUGGUCCAGGAGGGAAAGUGGAGGUGGAACAGAACUUUCUCAACAACAAACUGAAGACCCUAACUGCUUACUUUGGAAACUUGAUAGAGUCAGACAGCUAGUAGCCCUUGAAAGGACCAAUAAGGAUUUCUUCCUGUACUAAAUCAGAAUGAAUCAAAACUCAUUUCUAUUUUUUAACUCUAUUUCUACCAGGACCCACUGGAGUGCUACCACAUCAGCUUUUAUUCACAUCAAGGAUACAUUACUUUUUGUAGAUAAAAGUUUGUUUUAUGUAAGUAAAAAUAUUUCAGACUGAAUGUGAUCAUUACAAGUUAGAGUUUGAACUGGCCUGUUAAAGCCUGCACCACUUUGAGUUAAUGCAGUCGUUUUAUUCAAAUUAACACUUGAAAAAAGUGGAAUGAUUAGAGUUUUACAGCAAUGUGUAUUUUAUCCUCUCG